AUGACUACUUCUGGAGAAAGAUUUUUUUUCACGUCAGAGUCAGUUGGCGAGGGACAUCCCGACAAGAUCUGUGAUCAAGUUUCAGAUGCUAUCUUGGACGCUUGUUUAGCUGUUGAUCCUCUUUCCAAAGUUGCAUGUGAAACUGCAGCUAAAACAGGUAUGAUUAUGGUAUUUGGUGAAAUCACCACCAAGGCUCAAUUAGACUUUCAAAAAAUAGUCAGAGAUACUAUUAAACACAUUGGCUAUGAUCAUUCUGAAAAAGGAUUUGACUAUAGUACAUGUAAUGUGUUGGUUGCAAUUGAACAACAAUCCCCAGAUAUUGCUCAGGGUUUGCACUAUGAAAAAGCCUUGGAAGAUUUGGGUGCCGGUGAUCAAGGUAUUAUGUUUGGUUAUGCUACUGAUGAAACUGAUGAAAAGUUGCCAUUGACUAUUUUGCUAGCCCACAAAUUGAAUGCUGCUUUAGCCUCAGCUAGAAGAUCUGGCGCAUUGCCCUGGUUAAGACCAGAUACCAAGACUCAAGUUACUGUUGAAUAUGAAAAAGAUGGCGGUGCAGUUAUUCCCAAAAGAGUCGAUACUGUUGUUAUUUCGACUCAACACUCUGACGAUAUCUCAACUGAAGACUUGAGACUGGAAAUCAUGUCUCAUAUUAUUGAAAAGGUUAUUCCUGAACAUUUAUUAGAUGACAAGACUGUUUAUCACAUUCAACCAUCAGGAAGAUUUGUUAUUGGUGGUCCACAAGGUGACGCUGGAUUAACUGGUAGAAAAAUCAUUGUUGAUACUUAUGGUGGAUGGGGUGCCCACGGAGGUGGUGCUUUCUCGGGUAAAGAUUUUUCUAAAGUCGACAGAUCAGCUGCAUAUGCUGCUAGAUGGGUUGCUAAAUCAUUAGUUAACGCAGGAUUAGCAAGAAGAGCCUUGGUUCAAUUUUCAUAUGCUAUUGGUGUUGCAGAACCAUUAUCAAUCUAUGUUGAUACUUAUGGCACCUCUAAAUACUCAUCUGACGAAUUAGUUAAAAUCAUAAAGAAAAAUUUCGAUUUGAGACCAGGUGUGAUUGUUAAAGAGUUGGAUUUGGCUAGACCAAUCUAUUUCAAGACUGCUUCAUAUGGACAUUUCACCAACCAAGAAAAUCCAUGGGAACAACCAAAGAAGUUGAAAUUCUGA